AAUUCGAAUUUGACAAAAAAAAAGUUAACACAAGAAAUGGAGUUUCUCGUUUUCUUUAUUUUUUUUCAUUAUUUUUAAUGUGCAUCUUGUGUAAAUUAAAUUGUAAAGAAAAUAAAAUAAAAGUGCUAAUUCCAGAAAUAAUUAAAAAUGAGUGAAACUUGAAAAUAUUUGAAAAAGAAAAAGAAUUUUAGUGAAAAAAAAUUCCAUAUAAAAAAUGAGUUAGUUAAGAAUUUAAUAAAAAAAAACUAAAGAAAAAGAAGAAGCAAAAAAAAAAUUCUCAUUUUGAAGAGAUUUUUUUUUAUAACACCAACAAACCAACAACAAUCUUUGGUUUUUAACCAAUACACAAAUUUUUUUUCUUUUCUUAAAAUUCAAAGAAAGAAAGAAAAAAGUGUAAUACGACAGGAAUAAUAAGUAGAAAAACAAGAAGAAAAAAAAAGAGUGUAUCUUCUCGCAUAUUACACACAUACACAUAAAAUUGCAUUCGUCUCUCGCCGCUGAGGAGGACAGUCAGUGUUUUGCUAACAUCCAGUAUCAAAAUAAUAAUAACAACAACAACAAUAUGUAAAAUAAAAAUAAAAAAGGAAUAUGUAGGAAGCAUUAUACUUUGUGUUGCUCCUAGAAUUUUGCUCUCUAUAGAUUUUGUAUCAAAAAAAAAAAAAAAAGUAACUUUAAAACUCAAAACUCAAAACAAAAAUUUCGGAGGGAUACAAUGAUACGAAGCAGAAAGCAAUGAAUAGAUAUCGAUGUUCUCAUUUCGAAAAGGGAAUUUUGCUAAUUUUUAAUAGCGGUUACAUUGUAUAUCUUAUGAAAAGGACAUUAGUUUUUGUGGCUUUCAUGUUUUUGAUAUUGCUGCCAAAUACAUCGAUUACCGCUGCAACAAAAUAUGAAACGGCAUAUGCUUGCGAAGGUAAAACUCUUGUAGUAGAAUGUGAACCCGGAGACGUAAUCAAUUUAAUAAGAGCAAAUUAUGGUAGAUUUUCAAUUACGAUAUGUAACGAUCAUGGUAAUGUAGAAUGGAGUGUAAAUUGUAGAUCAGCGAAAAGUCUAAGAGUAUUAAAUUUAAAAUGCGGUUAUAAGCAAAGUUGUAGUGUAUUAGCUAGUACUAAUAUGUUUGGUGAUCCAUGUCCUGGUACACACAAAUAUUUGGAAGCACAUUAUCAAUGUAUAUCAGCUGCAUUGACAUUAACAACCACAACCCGUCCACCACCAUCUUGGUUAAUAACACAACAAUUACCACCAUCUGUAAAUAAUAAUAACACAGCUUUACUAACGAUACCAGCCACAACUUCAUCUAUAUCAUCAGCAUCAUUAUCUAGUAAUAAUGACUUUUUAGAAAAUAUUGGAUAUGAUAAUAUAACUAAAAGUAUGAUUGAAUCAACAUCUUCGAUAACAUCAUUUGAAGAUGAUAGCAGUAGUGAAAUGCAAUUCCCUAGCAGACCAUCAAGUGAAACCGAUUUUAAAUUACAAUUUAAUGUUACUGAUCUUGAUUUCAAUGAUAAUAUCAAACAAACUAACAUAAAUAACAGUAAGCCAUUACAAACAUUCAGAAUGCAAAACCAUCAAAUCAGUAGUAGUAGUAAUAAUAGUUAUCAAAUUAGUAACAACAAUAACAUCAAUAAGAAUAAUAAUAAUAAUUACAACAAAAAUAAUAACGGAAACAAGAGUAGCGUAACGAGCUAUAUUAAUAAUAACAAUGAUAAAAAUAAUUAUACUAAUAUAAAAAGUAAUAUUAAUAACGAAAAUAAAAAUAUUAAUAACAAUAAUAACCAAAUUUUAAAUAUCAAAUAUGAUGACAAAAGUAAUGGUAAUAAAACAGUUAACAGCAAUAACAAUUUUAUAAAUAAUAGUGACAUUUUUGAUGUAAAAAAUAAUAUCGAAUACAAUAAUAGCAAAAAUAAUACCAGAAGUAAUAGCAUAACUAAUAAUAACAAAAAUACAAAUAUUACAAUCAAUAAUAGUGAGGAUAAUAGAAAAUUUAAUAGUAGUAUAGGCUAUAUUAGUAAUGAAAAUAUAUUAAAUGGUAAUAUAAAUAACUAUGCUGAAAAUUAUAACAAUUAUAAUAAAAAUAAUAUUAGUACAAAUAAUAGUAAAACGAAUACUGAUAAUAAUCAUCAAAGUAUUAAUAUUAAUAAUAUCAAUGUUAAGAAUUACGGAAAUAAAAAUUUAAAUGCAAAUUUGAGUGUUAUCGAUAAUAUACAUAAUGAUACUAAAUUGAAUAACCAUAAUAUUCAUAAUAAAUACGAAAACAAAAAUAAUGGAGGUAGUGUUAGUAGCCAUGUUGUUAAAAAUAAUAUUCAUCAUAUUAUUGAUAACAAUAAUACGACGGGCAAAAUAAAUAAUUCUGGUAAUAAAAAUAAUAAUAAUAAUAGUAAUAUUUAUAUUCCUAUUAUAAAUACUAAUAUAAAUAUAACUAAUAAUAAUCUACAUCAGAAUAAUAAUGAUGAUAAAUAUAAUAAUAAUACUUACAUACAUUUACAUAGUAAUAAUAACAAUUUAACUGAUAAUAAAAUAGAAAAGGGUAUUACUUAUGGUAAUACUAGAAAUAAUAAUUUUAAUAAUAAUAAUAAUGAUAAUAAAAGUAUAAUCAAAAUAAUGGAUGAUAAUAGUAGUGGUUAUAAUACUAAUAAUAAUAAUAAUAAUAUAAAUAGCAAUAAAGAUCAAAUAAAUUAUAGUAGUUUUAAUAAUAAUAAUGAUAUUGAUAAUAAAAGUAAUAAUUAUGAUAAUAAUUAUAUUAAAAAUAAAAUAAUUGAUUACGAAAAUUUUGUUAAUAUUAAUAUAAGUAAUAUUAGUAAUAAUUCAUAUUGUGGCCCAACAACAUCACGUAAUUUAUUUUGGAAUAAAACUAGAGUUGGUGAAAUUAAUGUGCAGCAAUGUCCCGAUGGAACUAAUGGAAUCGCAAAGUGGCGUUGUAUAAUUAUACCGCGUUCUAUAAUGAACCUUAAUCUACAAUAUGGUUUAACUAAUUUUAUAAAUCGAAACUCUUUUAACAAUAAAAAAUUUGGUUUAAAUAAAAUUAAAGAAGAUGUUGUAAUUACCAAUAAAAUAAAUAACGGUUAUAAUGUAAAUAUUGAUGGUGAUAAUGAUAAAAACAAUACAAAUAACAGUAAUAAUGACUAUAAUGGUAUAAAUAUUAUUAAUAAUACGAAAUCUAUUUAUGAAAAUGAUAGCAUGAGUAUAAUUAAUAAUAUAAAUAAUAAUAAUAACUAUAGCACAGCGAAUAUAAAUAGUAAUAAUUAUAUGGGUAAAAAUAGUAACGCAAGUAAAAGAAUAAUAAACGAUUUUAUAUAUAAUAAUAUAAAUUAUAAUGAUACAAUUAAUAAUGAUAAUAAGAGUAGUGGAAAACAAAAUAUAAGCAACAAUAAUAGUAUUAAUAAUGAUAGUAUAAUAAAUGAUAUUCCUAAUAUUAAAAAUAAUGAUAAUAUUAAUAGUAAUGGCAAUAUUAAUAUUAAUAAAAAUUUUAACGAUUUAAUUGACAUUAAUAAGUUAAAUUUUGAAAAAGAUUUCUUACCAAUAUGGUAUCCGCAAACACCAGAUUUAACACAGUGUCGUAGCGUAUGGUUUAGUAAUUUAGAAAAUGAUGUUAUUAAACAAGAUUCCUCAUUAGUAUCAAUUGCAAAUGAUUUAUCAACAGUAACUAGUAGUAAAGUAUUAUACGGUGGUGAUAUGUUAGUUACAACAAAAAUAAUACAAACAAUGUCUGAAAAAAUGCCAUAUGAUAUCGAAACAUUCCCAGAUCAAAGACAGCGUGAAGAAAUGAUGUCAGAAUUAUUAACUGGUGUAGUUAAGAUUGGUUCCAAUUUACUAGAUAAAUCACAGCAACCGUCUUGGUUAGAUUUAAGUCAUGAAGAUCAAAUGCGUGUUGCAACAUCAUUGUUAACUGGUUUAGAAAGUAAUGCAUUUUUAUUAGCUGAUUCAAUAACACGUGAAAAAACUGCAACAUAUUCAACAAAAAAUAUAUUAUUAUCUGUUCGUGUAUUGGAUUCAAAAAACUUAAAAACUAAUGAGAUAUUUCCAAAUUAUGAAAAUGCUGAGAAUUGGGAUAUAAGUCACGACCAAAUUGAAUUGCCGCGUGGUGCUCUAUAUGAAAAUAGAGAUGGUGGCUUAGUAAGAAUAAUAUUUGUUGCUUUUGAUCGUUUAGAAACUAUUUUAAGGCCUUCUUAUGAGAAUUUAGUUUAUAAAAUUCCUAGAAAUAAUGGUAAAAACCUGAUUGAACAAAUUGAAACGCAUGAUUUGAUUCAACGUGUUCAAAUAUUAAAUAGUAAAGUUAUAUCAGCUAGUUUAGGUAAAGGACGUCAUAUACAAUUAUCGCAACCAAUUAAAUUAGUAUUAAAACAUUUGAAAACUAAAAAUGUUGUAAAUCCAACAUGCGUUUUUUGGAAUUAUAUUGAUCACGCUUGGUCAUCUGAAGGAUGUUAUUUAGAAUCUACAAAUCGUACUCAUAGUAUAUGUAUGUGCAAUCAUUUAACAAAUUUUGCUAUUUUAAUGGAUGUUAAACAAGAUCCCAAAAAAACAUCUGUAUCAAUUUUCGAUAAUAACUUAGGAAUUUUUAUAUAUAUAAGUAUUACAAUAUGUGUUAUAUUUAUAAUGAUUGCAAUUUUAACAUUGAAAUUAUUUAACGGAGCAUUUAUUAAGUCUACUCGUACAUCUAUUUAUAAAAAUAUAUACGUAUGCCUGUUCAUGAUUGAAAUUUUAUGUUUGGUUGGAGUUAAACAAAGCGAACAAAGCUUAUUAUGUGGAUUUGCGACUGCAUUUUUACAUUGUUUCAUUUUAUCAACAAUUGCAUGGUUAUUUUUUGAAGGUUUUCAACUAUAUAUUACACUUACAACUGAGAAUGUACUCUUAGAAAUUGAAAAUUCGUCAAAAAUUAUAUGGUAUUACUUAUUUUCAUAUGGGCUUUCAUUUACUAUUGUUGCAAUAUCAUUGGCGAUUGAUCCUGGAACAUAUACACAAAGUGAUUUUUGUUGUCUAAUGGAAGUAAAUGGUUUAUUUUAUGCAACCUUUAUGACACCAAUUAUAAUAUUUGUUAUAGGGGCGGUAACUUGCACAGGAUUAGCUUGCUAUGAUAUUUGUAAAAAAAACCUAUCCUCAAUUAAAAAUAAAGAACAUACCCGUCUUUCCACUAUCAGAUUCGAUUUACGUUGCUCUAUACUUUUUUUAAUUAUAUUGUCAGCUGAUUGGGUAUUUGCAUAUCUGUAUUUAAGAAGAGCUAAGGAAGAUGAAUUAAUUGUGCAUACUUAUGGAUAUUUAUUUGUUGUAUUUAAUUCGUUGCUUGGAAUUUAUAUAUUCAUUUUUCAUUGUAUUCAAAAUGAAAAGAUACGUCAAGAAUAUCGGAAAUAUAUACGUCAAAAUUCAUGGUUACCCAAAUGUUUACGAUACUCGAAAACUUCAUCAAUAACAUCAUCUGCUUCACAAAAUAGAAAUUCACAUCAUUAUCAUCAUCAUCAACAUCAUAUUAACACAAAUCAAUCACAGUUGCAACAACAACAACAACAUUCGAAUCAACGGGAACAACAGCAACAGGAAAAUUUGGAGCAACAGAAUAUUCGUCACUUUAAGACAUCUCCAAGUAUUUUAAAUCAAAAAAAUAUUAUAAUAACAAAUUCCGGUAAUAUAGAUUGUGAGGACAAUAAUAUUAUAAAACAAAAUAUCGAAGCUAAUAUCAAUGAUGUGAAAACUAAUGGAUUAGAAAUUAAUGGAAAAUAUAUUACGCCAAAUGAUUAUGAAACGAAUAUAAUUGAUCACUCACAAAUGUCAGCAACAAAAUGUAAUAUAAAUGAUACAGCAAUAACUGCAAUACGUGAUGUUAAGUCAGAUAAAAAUUCAUCUAAUUUCAUAACUUUUAGUUCAUUAAAAGGUAACAUUAUGACUGGUACAUUAAGUGACAGUCAUGUGUCUCCAGCACCAUCAUUUAGUUCUGAAGAUUUAACAUUUAACGCAAAGCAUUAUCAACAACAACACUAUCAUCAACCGCAACAGUCACACUUGAAUAAAGGUUAUAAUUAUUCAUUACGUCAUCCAGUUGAAAAAAAUGAAAAUAAUAAAUUUGUAAAUAAUUAUGAUGAAAAAUUUUUAUUUUAUGAUUGUAAAUCAAAACGUUUAAGACAGCAUCAUCCAACAUCAACAACUCCAAGAAAUUUAUUACAACAAAAUAAAAGAAACUCCUACAGUGAUAUAUAUAAAAGUUCAAUAUUUAUGAGUGAUAAUGCAGCAAUAAAUAAUGAUGAAAUCCUAAUGAAUGAAAAUUUUUCAAAUCAGCAGGAACAUCAGGAACAACCACAAGAAUAUUUUUUUUGGAUGACAAAAAAUCAUAGACAUGAACAAUCAAGUAGUCGUAAACCAAUAAAUAAUAUAAGUGAUUUAAAUAAAAGUUAUCAUAAUUUUUAUCCGUCUUAUAAAAAAACUAGGCAACAACAACAGCAACAAAAACAAUUGUAUAAAACGAUCAAUAGUGAUAAACAUUCUUCUUCUAGUAAUAUAUUAGAUGAUAAAGAUUUCAAAUCAGUGGACAAUGAUACAAAUCUAUUAUAUAAAAAUAAUUCCAAUUAUAAUACUAGCAGUAGUAAUAAUAAAAAUUACUAUAGUAGAAAUACUGAUGUUUUCAAUCAAUAUCAAAAGAAUCCGUCAUCAUCAUCAUCUAUAUUGCCCAAUAGAACAUCGAAAUUAUCAUCAAAUGAUGAUGAAUAUUUUAGUAAUGAUUCAUCAAUUUUAUCUCAUCAACAAUUAAUGUAUCAAAAUGAUGACAGAUGCAGUAAUAGUGCUAAUAAUAGCGAAAUUAUUAGCAAUAAUAGCGGAUAUUUUCAACCAAUGUUAGUGCAAGCAAAUUGCAAUAAUACAAGCGAUAAUAUCGCUGUUGCGAGUUGCAGUAGUAGUAGCAUCGAUGGCGAUAUUACAAGUGGUAUACCAAAAAAUGAUGAUAGCGGAAAUAUUAAUCAUUCUCGAUAUCAUUAUCGUCGUCGAUUACGUCGUCGUAGUGAUUGUGAAAAUCCUAAUAAUUUUAUUCACAAUGAUUAUAUUGAUAACAUUGAUAAUGAUGUUAAUGAUCGUGAUAUUUUUGGUACUAUUACUGAUAGUAGUAAUAUACGUAGUGUUGAUGGUAAAAAAAAUAUCGGUAUUAAUGUACGUAGCAAUCAUAGUAAAAACGAUGACAUUAAUAUUAUUAAUAAAAUUGAUGAUAGUAAUGAUGAUAUUGAAUUUGAAAAUAAUGAUAUAAAAUUAGGUUCUAUUGAAAAUCAAAUUAUUUCUGGUAAUAAUAUUAUUAAUAUUAGGAAUGAUAUAAAUAAUAUUUCAUUAAAUUAUCACCAAAAUAAUAUUGAGCACUUUAACUGUGAUCCCGGAGCUAGCAAAUGUGAAGGUUCAAAAAAAAACUUAAUUAGUAAUAACAGAUUGGAUUUAUACUUUAAUGAUGGUCAUGAUAUUGAUAAAAAUAAAAAAAUAAAUGAUAUUUCAUACAAAGAUAUGAUAAAAAAUCAUAAAUCCAAUAAUAGUAUGAGAUUACAACAUUAUAAAAAUGAUAGUAUUGAUAAGGGUGAUAAUGAUGACGAUAACGAUAGACAUCAUAAUAAUAUUAUACAUGGCAAACAUAAAAAUAGUAAUAAUGAAAAGAGAAAAAAAAAAAGUCAAUAUAAUCCAAACCAUAAUAUAAAUGAUGUCGACAAUGACGAUGAUCAAGAUGGUGGUAAUAAUGUUGUUGUUCAUUAUGAUGACAAUAAUAUCAAUGAAAAUGAUGACGAUAAUGAAAACGACGAUGAUGAUAAUUACGAGGAAGAUGAUGAAGUGGAUGUUGAUGAUGAUAAAGAUGAAGAUGAUGAUGACGAUGAUGAUAAUGAUGAUGAUAAACUUGUUCCAAAGAAUUUUAAGUUAUAUGGUGGAAAUAGUAGUAGUAAUGGUGGUAAUAGCGGUAGUGGUAAUGGUGGUAAUAGAUUAGCAACGUUUACAUUAAAUUUAAGUGAAAUGACUGACAAAGAAGAAGACUGCACUGUGAAUAAACAACAAUAUAAUAGAUUAAAGCACAUGAUCGUUCGAAAGGAUAAUAAUAAAUUUGGAAAAUGUAGGUUUGAAAAUUGAAAUUCUAUGAAGUACACACAUACAAAUUUAUUUGUAUAUAGAUACAUACAUACUUACAUAUGUAAUUAACAUAUUUACAUAUGUACAUAUGUAAUUUACAUGAAAAUUUUAAUAUUUAUUCUUAAUUUAAAAUUCGAAUAUAUAUAUAUAUAUAUUUUAAUCCAAUUCAUUCCGAUCAAAUUAAAAUAUUGAAAUUAAAAACAAAUAACAAAAAAAUAAAAAAAUGUCAUAUAAUGAAACUGAAUACUAAAAUUCUCAAUAUUAAUGACUAACCAAAAUAGAAAUUUUAUUCAAAAAAAAAUUUUCUAUUUAGUUUAAAUGAAAAAUUAAACAUUAUACAUUCGAAUAUUUUUUGCUCGAAUAUAAAUAAAUAUAUAUAUAUGUGUGUAUAUAAAGAACAUAUAUAUAUAUAUGUGUAUAUAAAGAAAUAUAUGUUAUAUGUAUGUAAAUCAGGACGAAUAAUAGUCGUUAUAGUAAUUAUAAAAUAUUGCACACAAUUAAAUUAUUUUAUUAAAAUUGGAUUAUGUUUCCCAUUCAUUUAAAUUCUAUCAAUGGUUUAUUACCAAAACCUAGAAAGAAAUGUCUAAUCUUAGGAUAUAAUUUAAUUAAUUUUAUAGACCAAAUUAUAUUUUGCUAUUACAACUAUUUUCUAAGAAAUUUUUUAUAAAACGGAAGAACUGUAAAACAAUAACUGCACAAAACGCAAUACUGCAUUAUCAUUAUCAAUAUACAAUAUUCAUUAAUUAAUUAGAAAUCUAUGAAAUCAGAACAAUAUCAUAUAUGAUUUAUUACUGAGUUACUCAUAAUAAAUUUUGUUAUAUCGCGAAGUAUCGAGUAUAUCGAGUUUUAACUACAUAUCGCGAGAUAAUAUACAAUGUUUAUGAAAUUUAGGCCUUAUUAUUUUUUAACUAAUUUUACAUUCUGUCCUAAUAUACAUACAUAUUAAAAUAAAAUGUUUAUGUAAUAUAAUAUACGUGUAUAUAAAAAUUCACACAAAUCAAUCAUUUACAAGUAAAUAGUGUAUUGCAAUAAAAUUGAAAGUUUUACAAAAUAUAUAUAUUUCUUUUUAAUCUUUAUUAAUAUAAUUUAAAUGCAAAUAGUUUUAUUCAAUGUAAUAUAUUCGUUUGACAUGCAUGCAUAUAUAUAUAUAUAUAUAUAUAUAUAUAUAUAUAUAUGUAUAUAUAUUAUAUCCAAAAUUGUGGGUAUAUAUUGAAUAUUAUAGUAAAUAAAAAAAUUAAUUUUAGUAAAUUUAAUAAAAAUAAAGUAACAAAUAAAAAAAAUGUAUAUUAACUGGAUAACUAUAAAUUUAUGAUUUCCUGAAAUUGAAAAAAAGCGUCAUAAAAUCAAUAUGAGCAGUGUUAAGGUAUAAUAUAAAAAAUAUAUUAAAUUGAAAACAUUAAAAGUAACAUCAAUAACAAACAGCAAUCAUAUCAGCUCCAACACCAACAACAAUAAUAUUUUACUAAUAUCAUAUAAGAACACUGACACAAUGGAAUAAUACAAACAAAGAAGAAUUUAUUAUAUAAGAACUGACCUUCAUUUAAAAUAUAAAAUGGAUAUUCAAAAAAAAUCUUUUAUUUUAAAUAGAUAAUAAUGUGAACAGCGUUGAAUGUUCUUUAAAAAUAAAAAAAAUCUUUAAAAAUAUGUAAAAUUAGAAAAAAAAAGAAAAAACAAAAAAAAAAACCAAAAAAUUUAAAAGAAAAAUUAUAAAUUGCCAGAAAAAAAAUAUCUA